GACGCGGGUGGUUGCACGUUCGAAUUUGGCGCAAUUACAACAGUGCCAUCCACCGACCACGCGCGACAGGUCGUCAGCUUUGGGGCCGAAAUUACUGAUCCGCUGGAUCGCAUGCUUGCCGUUAUGGCGCAUCUCAUUCGAAUAGUGGCGUGCCGGACGAUCGGAUUAAACAAGUGCUAAUUUAGAAGAUCAUCUUGCGUUUUGCGCUUAACAGAAACUACAAUGCGCACCCUUUUUCAAAUCUUCUGCCUCGUUGCAACAAUGACAACGAUUAUGGGAAGAGAAUCCAUCCCGGAAGCGGUGCGGAACUACAACCUGAACAUUCAGAGCUUUCAAAACUUCCAGUUUUUCAAAUAUCCGGGAAAGCUGACACCGUACGGGGUACGGCCAGGUAACCAUAAUCCGUCGUGGAGUCAGAAGGCAGCGGCUGUGUUCAAGUACUUCAAAGACGUUGCCGUUGGACCACCGAUGCGAAAUUAUGGCGUCAGGUUCGAUGAGAAGAGAGCCCUCCGACUCAGAAGUGCCUAUCAGAAACAGUUUGGCUAUCGGGGUGAGAAUCUGGUGGCUCUGAUCGGAAAUGGACAUUCACCUCAAGAGUUGCGGUAUUAUGGUGCAAUAGGGCGUGACUUUGGGCCAUACUAGGCGAAUCGUUUGUAUGCGGUGGUUUGAUGAGUGAUGAGUGAAUGAAAACUGUGAAUCUAUUUAUGUGAUUUGAGCUAAAGAA